AUGUCUUCCUUUAUUUUCUUGCUUUUGUUAUUUCCACUUGUUGCAGUAGUAGUAGUGCAAGGAGUCGUUGAAGAUUGUACGCCAAUCAGAUGCAGUAAACAUAGCCCGAUAAUUCGGUUUCCUUUCAGACAUCAAACUCAGCAACCUCAGCACUGCGGCUAUCCGGGUUUCGAUCUAAACUGCGACCACAAAAACGAUACUAUUCUUGUGCUUCCGUUCUCCGUAAAUGUUGUUGUGAAGGAAAUCAACUAUGCAUCUCAAACAAUUCUUGUUUAUGACCCAGAAAAUUGCCUUCCACAAAAGCUACCCCAUCUAAACUUAUCUACCUCAUCCUUCAACUUCCAUAUCAAACAUGAUGACUACUUAAUGUCAGACGCCGCCAUUUAUACAUGUUCUGAUGCAGACAAAUCUUUGUAUCGCUUCGUUCCUUGCCUUAUUGAUCCCAUCAACAAAUACUAUAUUUUUAAUAACAUACAAGAAUUGACUUCUUGUACAAAGAUUCAUGAUAUUCCACGUGUUAUUCCAUGGAGUAUAACCGAUAAAAACGGCUUCCGUUUGGGGUGGUCUGAGCCAACAUGUGGCCACUGUGAAGCUCAAGGCAAACGAUGCAGCUUAUAUAAUUCAACCAGACUUGAUAGUAUUCACUGUAUCGACAUAAUUCAUCAUGGUACGUUUUAUCUCAUCCCAUUUUUCAAUUGGAGCUUAUUGCAUUUACUACCUCUGUGA